UGUUCAUCAACACAGGCAUUCCCAAAAAAACAUUAAACAGAUCGAAUAUAUAUAGUAAUAAGGAAAUAUAGAUCUCAAAAUCUACAUAGUCUAAAAAACUAGCAAAGAUUGAUCAUAUCAUCUGAUCUUCCAGAUCUAUCAUAUCAUAUCCCAAGACCUCUUUCAGUGGUGCAAAAAAAGUAGCAUCAAGAGAAGAGAAAAACAAACUCAAAGAGCAAACUAAUAAGUGUUUGUACAGUGCGAUUCAAUGGAGGGUGCCCCUCACAAAGGAGAUAAGACAGAAUUCUCAGAAUGCUGGAAAACAACAUGGGAAACGCCGUAUAUCAUGCGUCUCGCCUUAUCGGCUGGCAUCGGAGGGCUCCUUUUUGGUUACGACACUGGUGUUAUCUCUGGUGCCCUACUUUAUAUCCGAGACGACUUCAAAUCCGUUGAGAAGAACACGUGGCUUCAGGAAACGAUCGUGAGCAUGGCGGUAGCCGGAGCAAUAGUUGGAGCAGGAAUGGGUGGGUGGAUGAAUGACAAGUACGGGCGGAAAAGAUCAAUUCUGAUAGCAGAUGUAGUGUUCUUCUUUGGAGCAGUGGUGAUGGCCGCUGCUCCGGGGCCAUGGAUGCUCAUCGUCGGGAGGUUGCUGGUGGGAUUGGGGGUAGGGAUGGCGUCGAUGACUUCUCCCUUAUACAUCUCCGAGGCGUCGCCUGCCCGAAUAAGGGGUGCCCUCGUCAGCACUAACGGCUUGCUCAUUACUGGAGGCCAGUUUCUCUCCUACCUCAUCAACUUAGCCUUCACCAAGACUAAUGGAACCUGGCGGUGGAUGCUUGGGAUAGCGGGCCUUCCCGCGGUGGUUCAAUUCGCCCUAAUGUUGUCCCUCCCUGAAUCCCCUCGAUGGCUCUAUAGACAGAACAAGAUAUCUGAAGCGAGGGCAGUCCUGGACAAGAUCUAUACCACAGAAGAAGUUGAAGAAGAAAUGAGGGCACUUCAGACAUCCAUCGAAGAAGAAAAGGCAGAAGAGAGAGCGAUCGGGAGCGACAUGAUCUCUAAAGUCAGGAGCGCGUGGGCGAACCCCAUCGUCCGGCGAGGCCUGUACGCCGGCAUCACGGUGCAGGUGGCGCAGCAGUUUGUCGGCAUCAACACCGUCAUGUACUACAGCCCCUCCAUCUUACAGCUCGCCGGAUUCGCCUCUAACAAGACCGCCCUCGCGCUGUCCCUGAUAACCUCCGGCAUCAACGCCAUCGGGUCAAUCAUCAGCAUGUGCUGCGUUGACAGGUACGGCCGGAGGAAGCUGAUGAUCAUCUCCAUGGUGGGGAUUAUUGCCUGCUUGGUCGUUCUCUCCGGCGUGUUCAAGCAGGCGGCCACCCAUUCGCCGCCGGUCAGCAUGGAGCAGUCCACCGGCUUUGGCCUCAACUCCACUUGCCCCAUGUUCUGGAAAUCCUCCCGCGCCUCCGCUUGGGACUGCAUGUCCUGCAUUAGCGGUCCUGCCGACUGCGCAUUCUGCGAUAACCGAGCCAACAAAUUGAAUCCGGGUGCGUGCUUAUCAGCGACUGACGCAAUAAAAGGGUCGUGCAAAAGCGAAGGGCGUUCGUGGUACACCAAAGGCUGCCCGAGCAAAUACGGAGCGGUCGCCGUCGUAAUCCUCGGAAUGUACAUAAUAUCCUACUCCCCGGGAAUGGGGACCGUCCCGUGGAUUGUCAACUCCGAGAUAUACCCCCUCCGGUACAGAGGAGUCGGCGGAGGAAUCGCGGCGGUUUGUAACUGGGUGUCCAAUCUCAUCGUCAGCGAGACUUUCUUGACGUUGACGGAGGUGCUGGGCAGCUCCGGGACAUUCCUCUUGUUUGCAGGGUUCUCUCUCGUCGGGCUGGUGGCCAUUUACUUCCUGGUGCCGGAAACCAAAGGGCUGCAGUUCGAGGAGGUGGAGGAGCUGCUCAGAGAAGGGUACUCCCCUUUCCGCAGAAAGAAAUCUCAGAACCAACAGGCGGCGGCUGUGGGUCGGAGUAGUAGCAAUGUUCAAAUGAUGAGUCUUUAGGCGGCGGCGACAUUUCUUCAUCAGCUUAAUUAAUUGCUUGCCCUUUAAUUUUAUCUUCUGUUACAUUAUAACUCUACAAUAAGAUCAGCCAAGACAGAGUUUUACGUUGGAAGGGCACAAUCUGCAUCCAGCGCAAUGAUGGUUAGUUGUGGCCGGGUUUGGCUUGUAUAUGCAAGUAAUGUAACAGAUCCAUCAAAUAAAGA